CUGUAGUGAAAGAAUACGUGUGAUAGAUUGAGUACCGCAAAUACUGCCACCUGGUCUUAGUUGUCACUUCAAUGGAGAAAAUGUUUCUCGUCGGAGGGAGAUGUCCAACGAUAAUUAUCAUCGUUUUUGUACUUUUCGUUGUGUUGGUGAUGAGCUUUCCCAACAAACACCACCACAAACGCCACAACGGUGUGUUUUUGUUGCCGCCCAUCAGUGGGGUCCAUCAUGGACCGGGGGCCCUGGAGCAACAGAACCAGGUCCAGAGCCGCCUCCCCCCUGUCACUGAGCACCGCCACAAGAGGAGGUGGUUCCACUCCCAGCACCGCUCCGUAGGGGUUCUGCACCAGCCUGAGCCUGAGGAGAUCAAGCCCUUCGUUCUGGACCUGAAGAACUUCCCUGAGCUGGCCAACGCAGACAUCAGCUCGCAGAACCCCAACAUCCAGGUGACCAUUGAGGUAGUGGACGACCCUAACAUGGACUUAGAGAUGGAUCUGAUAAAGGACUGGAUCCCCUCGUCCUCUGUAGGCUGGCUGGGGGGUAAGAAGCUGUUCUGGCCUCUGUUCUGGGGAUACACAGACGCUGACUCCAGCGAGGAUGGGACGGGCCGCUCAGUGCCGGAGGAGACUGGAGAGGAAGAGGAAGUCGAGGAAGAUUACCUGUUGGAGUAUGGUAGCGAAAAGCCCCUCCCUAGCGGUCGCUGGAACGAGGGUUGGGACGCCACACAGAGCUACUAUGAGAAGGAGGAGACGGAGGAGUGGAGUGCCUGGUCUCCGUGCUCUGUCACCUGUGGUCAUGGAGAGAGGAAAAGGAUACGGUCCUGUGGUUACUCCUGCACCCUGACAGAGGCCUCCAAAUGUGACAUGGAGCCUUGUCCAGACGAUGUCAACACUGUGGCUAAAGCUUUCCCCUUCGAGAUGGAGAAUGGCACUGAACCUUUUGGCACAGACGUGGACACCUGUGAGAAGUGGCUGAACUGUAAGAGCAACUUCCUCCAGAGAUACCUCAACCAGGUCCUGUCAGAACUACCCAGCUGCCCCUGCACUUACCCCUCGGCCACCGCCGACACCGUGGUCAGCGUCUUCGACGAGGGACACGACCGGACGUUCCGUUGGCGCGACGCCAGCGGGCCUAAAGAACGCCUGGACAUCUACAAACCCUCGGCGAGGACUUGCAUCCGCUCGGCCCUUUCCGGCGACGUCUCCACGCUCGCCGCCCAGCACUGUUGCUACGACAACCGCGACCAUCUGAUCACGCGGGGGAAGGGUGCGGGAACGCCCAACCUGAUCAGCACAGAGUUCUCACCGGAGCUCCACUUCAAGGUGGACGUGCUGCCCUGGAUCCUGUGUAAAGGGGACUGGAGCCACUUCCACGCGCUGCGACCGCCCAACAACGGCCUGGUCUGCCCGGAGAACCCCCACCAGGACGUGUUCAUGAACGAGCUGGAGGAGGCCCGGGAGUACUGAGAACGCGAGCAGUCGCCAAAACUACAUUACCCAGAAUGUGCCAGAACAGUGGGGUUCAAUCCUAACUUGAGAAAAGAAAGCAGGGAUGUUUUGAAUUGCAUUUAAGUCAAUAGGAAGUUUGGGGAUUGUGAAGUUGAAGGUACAAGUUAAUCUCAAGUUAGGAGUUGGCACAUUAAACAUCAUGCGACCAGGCCCAACAGAAAAGAAUUGAACUUCAUUGAACUGAACAAAAAAAAAGAGAUGCAGUCCUGCCGAUGUGUUUCGCAUCCAGUAAGAUUCCCAGCUCUCUUGAUGUCUGUCCACACUCCUGUGUGCAUGUAAGCAUGACGUUGUCAUCUAGCCUGUUGGUGUUGUAGGAGCUCUGUCUGUGUGACUGACCAUCAGUGUUGGGGGUAACGUGUUACAAAAGUAACAUGUUAUAUAAUCAGAUUACUUUUAUGAGUAAUGGAGUAAAGUAACGCGGUACUUUUUCAAAUUGGGUAAUACAUUACAUGACCAAAAGUAUGUGGACACCUGCUCAUCGAAUAUCUCACUCCAAAAUCAUGGGCAUUAAUAUGGAGUUGGUCUCCCCCUUUGCUGCUAUAACAGCCUCCACUCUUCUGGGAAGGCUUUCCACUAGAUGUUGGAACAUUGCUGCGGGGACUUGCUUCCAUUCAGCCACAAGAGCGUUAGUGAGGUCGGAAGCUGAUGUUGGGCGAUUAGGCCUGGCUCGCAGUUGGCGUUCCAAUUCAUCCCAAAGGUGUUCAAUGGGGUUGAGGUCAGGGCUCUGUGCAGGCCAGUCAAGUUCUUCCAAACUGAUCUCUACAAACCAUUUCUGUAUGAACCUCGUUUUGUGCAUGGGGGCAUUGUCAUGCUGAAACGGGAAAGGGCCUUCCCCAGAAUUUGGCCUUAGACAGAUUCGUCUAGAAUGUCAUUGUAUGCUGUAGCGUUAAGAUUUCAAAUCAAAUCAAAUGUAUUUAUAAAGGCCUUCUUACAUCAGCUGAUAAACCCCAAACAGCAAGCAAUGCAGGUGUAGAAGCACGGUGGCUAGGAAAAACUCCCUAGAAAGGCCAGAACCUAGGAAGAAACCUAGAGACGAACCAGGCUAUGAGGGGUGGCCAGUCCUCUUCUGGCUGUGCCGGUUGGAGAUUGUAACAGAACAUGGCCAAGAUGUUCAAAUGUUCAUAGAUGACCAGCAGGGUCAAAUAAUAAUAAUCACAGUGGUUGUCAAGGGUGCAACAGGUCAGCACCUCAGGAAUAAAUGUCAGUUGGCUUUUCAUAGCCGAUCAUUCAGAGUAUAUCUACCACUCCUGCUGUCUCCAGAGAGUUGAAAACAGCAGGUCUGGGACAGGUAGCAUGUCCGGUGAGCAGGUCAGGGUUCCAUAGCCACAGGCAGAACAGUUGAAUCUGGAGCAGCAGCACGACCAGGUGGACUGGGGACAGCAAGGAGUCAUCAGGCCAGGUAGUCCUGAGGCAUGGUCCUAGGGCUCAGGUCCUCCGAGAAAGAAAGAAUUAGAGAGAGCAUACUUAAAUUCACACAGGACACCGGACAAGACAGGAGAAAUACUCCAGAUAUAACAGACUGACCCUAGCCCCCCGACACAAACUAUUGCAGCAUAAAUACUGGAGGCUGAGACAGGAGGGGUCGGGAGACACUGUGGCCCCGUCCGAUGAUACCCCCGGGCAGGGCCAAACAGGCAUGAUAUAACCCCACCCACUUUGCCAAAGCACAGCCCCCACACCACUAGAGGGAUAUCUUCAACCAUCAACUUACCAUCCUGAGACAAGGCCCAGUAUAGCCCAUAAAGAUCUCCGCCACGGCACAACCCAAGGGGCCAACCCGGACAGGAAGAUCACAUCAGUGACUCAACCCACUCAAGAGACGCAUCACUCCCAGGGACGGUAUGAAAGAGCACCAGUAAGCCCUGUAAUGGGGUUAGAGGCAGAGAAUCCCAGUGGAGACAGGGGAACCGGCCAGGCAGAGACGGCAAGGGCGGUUCGUUGCUCCAGUGCCUUUCCGUUCACCUUCACACUCCUGGGCCCGACUACACUCAAUAAUAGGACCUACUGAAGAGAUGAGUCUUCAAUAAAGACCUAAAGGUUGAGACAGAGUCUGCGUCUCUCACAUGGGUAGGCAGACCAUUCCAUAAAAAUGGAGCUCUAUAGGAGAAGGCCCUGCCUCCAGCUGUUUGCUUAGAACAUCUAGGGACAGUUAGGAGGCCUGCGUCUUGUGAAGGUAGCGUACGUGUAGGUAUGUACGGCAGGACCAAAUCAGAGAGAGAGGUAAAAAGCAAGCCCAUGUAAUGCUUUGCAAGUUAGCAGUAAAACCUUGAAAUCAGCCCUUGCCUUAACAGGAAGCCAGUGUAGAGAGACUAGCACUGGAAUAAUAUGAUCAAAUUGUUUGGUUCUAGUCAGGAUUCUAGCAGCCGUGUUUAGCACUAACAGAAGUUUAUUUAGUGCUUUAUCCGGGUAGCCGGAAAGUAGAGCAUUGCAGUAGUCUAAUCUAGAAGUGACAAAAUUAUACAUUUUUCUGCAUCAUUGUUGGACAGAAAGUUUCAGAUUUUUUGCAAUGUUACGUAGAUGGGAAAAAAGCUGUCCUUGAAACAGUCUUGAUAUGUUCAUCAAAAGAGAGAUCAGGGUCCAGAGUAACGCCGAGGUCCCUUCACUGGAACUAAGGGGCCUAGCCUGAACCGUGAAAAACAGCCACAGACCAUUAUUCCUCCUCCACCAAACUUUACAGUUGGCACUAUACAUUGGGGCAGUCUGUCAGACUGCCAGAUGGUGAACCGUGAUUCAAUACUCCAGAGAACGUGUUUCCAAUGCUCCAGAGUUUAAUGGCAGCAAGCUUUACACCCCUCCAACCCAUGCUUGGCCUUGUGCAUUGUGAUUUUAGGCUUGUGUGCAGCUGCUCGGCCAUGGAAACCCAUUUAAUUUAGCUUCCAACCAUCAGUUAUUGUGCUGACGUUGCUUCCAGAGGCAGUUUGGAACUCGGUACUGAAUGUUGCAACCGAGGACAAACAAUUUAUACACGCUAUGCGCUUCAGCACUUGGUGGUCCUGUCUGUGAGCUUUCACUUUGCAGCGGAGCCGUUGUUGCUCCUAGACGUUUCCACUUCACAAUAACAGCACUUACAGUUGACCGGGGCAGCUCUAGCAGGGCAUGGGGGCAGCUCUAGCAGGGCAUGGGGGCAGCUCAAGCAGGGCAUGGGGGCAGCUCUAGCAGGACAUGGGGGCAGCUCUAGCAGGACAUGGGGGCAGCUCUAGCAGGACAUGGGGGCAGCUCUAGCAGGGAAGAAAUUUGAUGAACUGACUUGUUGGAAAGGUGGCAUCCUUUGAUGGUCCCACGUUGAAAGUCACUGAGCUCUUCAGUAACGCCAUUCUACUGCCAAUGUUUGUCUAUGGAGAUUUUAGACACCUGUCAGUAAGUGCUGAAAUAGCCAAAUCCAUUCAUUUGAAGGGGUGUCCACAUACUUCUGUAUAUAUAGUGUAUUAUUACAUUUACUUUGUCAAACAUGCGUUACUUCCAGAAUCAUCUGUCUACCGGCCACGUGUUUCCAUGAUCCGAUCUCGAGUCGUUUCCUCGUUUAGAUGUCGAGCAGCGGAGAAGCCC